GCUCAGUGUUACGCUUCCGGAGGGAGGGGAGAAGAGGCCUGAGCCCACCCCAGCGAGCCCUCUCUCGCGUCACGUGGCGGGAGAGUCCUGUGUCACGUGAGGCCCAGGUAGCGGCGGAGCUACGGCAAGAGAGAGAAGGGGAAGCCGGAAGGGGCGCGAGUGAAGCGAGGGGGAGAAGACAGCUCCCGAGGAGGCGAGGGGUGCGCGUGCGCCCGCCUCUCCCCCCAACUCUCCCCUCGUCCCCGCCGCCCUCCCUUGCGGCCGGGGAGACACCUAGGCCCGGUCCUCCGCGCGCUGCCUGGGUUGUGAGCAGCGUGCGCCCUGCCCUCGCGAUUGGCGCAGCCGCCCCUCCCCCUCGUCCCGUCCGUCCCGUCGCGUCCCGUCCCCUCUGGUGCCGCCGGCUGGGUGCCGAUGCGCGUCGGGGGCAGCGGGGAUUUUUUCUGACUCCCGGUCCCUGCCCCCGCUGCCUUUCCCACCCCAUCGCGGGGCCGGCCGCUUCUCCGGCCCCAGGAUGCAGAAUGUGAUUAACACGGUGAAGGGAAAGGCACUGGAAGUGGCUGAGUACCUGACCCCGGUCCUCAAGGAAUCAAAAUUUAAGGAAACAGGUGUAAUCACACCAGAAGAGUUUGUGGCAGCUGGAGAUCACUUAGUCCACCACUGUCCAACAUGGCAAUGGGCUACAGGGGAAGAAUUGAAAGUGAAGGCAUAUCUACCAACAGGCAAACAAUUUUUGGUCACCAAAAAUGUGCCAUGCUACAAGCGGUGCAAACAGAUGGAAUAUUCAGAUGAAUUGGAAGCUAUCAUUGAAGAAGAUGAUGGUGAUGGGGGAUGGGUAGAUACUUACCAUAACACAGGUAUUGCAGGAAUAACUGAAGCAGUUAAGGAGAUUACAUUGGAGAGCAAGGACAGUAUAAAACUUCAAGAUUGCUCAGCAAUAUGUGAGGAGGAAGAAGAGGAAGAUGAAGGAGAAGCUGCAGAUAUGGAAGAAUAUGAAGAGAGUGGAUUGUUGGAAACAGAUGAGGCUACCCUAGACACAAGGAAAAUGGUAGAAGCUUGUAAAGCUAAAACUGAUGCUGGAGGUGAAGAUGCUAUUUUGCAAACGCGAACUUACGACCUUUAUAUCACUUAUGAUAAAUAUUACCAGACACCACGGCUAUGGUUGUUCGGCUAUGAUGAGCAAAGGCAGCCUUUAACAGUUGAACACAUGUAUGAAGACAUCAGUCAAGAUCAUGUGAAGAAAACAGUGACCAUUGAAAAUCACCCUCAUCUCCCACCUCCUCCUAUGUGUUCAGUUCACCCGUGCAGGCAUGCUGAGGUGAUGAAGAAAAUCAUUGAGACUGUUGCAGAAGGAGGGGGAGAACUUGGUGUUCAUAUGUAUCUUCUAAUUUUCUUGAAGUUCGUACAAGCUGUCAUUCCAACGAUAGAAUAUGACUACACAAGACACUUCACAAUGUAACGAAGAAAGCAUAGAAUUUAUCCUAAUUACUGGUUCUGAUUUUUAAAGAAUUAACCCAUAGAUGUGACAUUGACCAUAUACACCAAUAUGUACAAUUUCUCUAAUAAAGGGACUUAUAUGUUUAUGCAUUAAAUAAAAAAAGUUCCACUACCAGCCUUAUUUGUUUAAUAAAAAUGAGUGUAAAGAGA